AUGGCCAUAAACACUGACGCCACUUUUGAGAAGAGCGCACUGGGGGAGAGGGAUGCGUCCAACCCCAGCGACUUCCAGGACACUGAGAAGUUACUGAGCGCCCAGACCACGGAGCCCACGGGGGAGAGCAACCUCAAGGAGUCCGACUCCUUCUCCCUCAACAUCCGAGGCAGUGUGCGCUCUCUGGAUGCGGACCAGAACGGGUACAGGUCACCGCUGAAGUCCGGCUCGGUGGGACAGCUUGCGCCCCCACCCAAGUCCACGUCCCGCCUUAGCCUCGGUCCCCAGCUCUCCCCGGUGCCCGGUACUCAGCCUCCCAGCUACUUGUGGCUGGCCGUGCUGUCCUGCUUCUGUCCCGGGCUGCCUUUCAACAUCUGUGCGCUGUGGUACGCCAACGUGUCCAAGUCUGUGCUUCACACCGGGGACGUGACGGGAGCGCGGAAGUACGGCCGUCUAUCGAGGCUGAUGAGCUGCCUGGCCAUCGUUAUGGGUGUGGCAGUCAUCAUCUUCACCGCGAUCGGCUUAGAGUAUCAACAUUUAUCCAAGUAA